AUGAACGAUAGCAUUCUAAAUUAUACAGAACUUGCUAAUACCGAAAAGUCUCAUAACGAGACUCAUGAGUUGAACAUUAUCGAUAAUAAAUGGAUCCAGUCCAGUUUCUGUGUCAUAUACACCGUGAUCUUCGUCCUUGGACUACUUGGGAACAUCCUCGUUUGCUUCGUCGUCGCCAGGAACAAAGCCAUGCAGACUGUCACCAACCUCUUCAUCAGUAACUUGGCACUCUCCGACAUUCUGCUCUGUAUUUUCGCCGUCCCCUUCACACCGCUGUACACUUUCCGCGGUGCCUGGAGCUGGGGAUCCCUCCUAUGUCACAUAAUGCCUUUCGCACAGGGAUGCAGCGUAUACAUAUCCACGUUGACGCUUAUGUCUAUAGCUAUCGAUAGAUUCUUUGUAAUUAUUUAUCCGUUCAGACCGCGGAUGAAGAUUGAGACUUGUCUGAUCGUCAUUGUCAUGAUUUGGACUUUCUCUGUCACUGUAACAAUGCCGUACGCAAUUUUCAUGACGUACUACGAUUUACAAAUAGGCAGAUUUUGUGAAGAGACCUGGCCCUCGGAGCGCUUGCGGCGUGUGUUUGGCUCAGUAACAUCUGUGCUACAAUUCGUAUUGCCCUUUAUUGUGAUUGCUUUCUGUUACACGUGCGUCAGUUUUAAAUUGAAUGACAGAGCCAAAGCGAAGGCCGCCAGCAAAAACUCUCGCAAAGAGGAACUUGAUAAAAAUAGGAAGCGACGUACGAACCAAAUGUUGAUAGCAAUGGUCACUAUAUUCGGAUUGUCGUGGUUACCUCUGAACGUGAUCAACUUGUGCAAUGACUAUUACAUGUACGCUAUACAUUUGAAGUAUUACUACUUGAUAUUCUUUAUUGGGCACGUUAUUGCAAUGUCAUCGACUUGCUACAAUCCUUUCAUUUACGCGUGGAUGAAUGAAAAUUUCCGAAAGGAGUUCAAGCAACUGAUACCUUGCAUUGAUUCAUCUGCAAACUUGAGAGGGAACAUUCCCUUGGACCAGUUGGGAGUUGGUCCGUCUGAGAAAACUUUUAAUGGAAAUACGACGACUGAUAGUUACUUGGGCUCUAGUUCCCAGCGGGCGACUUCCUUUAGACAUAAAAGGAAGCCUAGUGCGGCGGCGGACGUAGAAAAAAGUGGAGUGGAAUUGAACGAAGAUUUAUUGAACGUCGACGUGAAACAUUGUCAUAUUUCCACUAGCUAUAACCUUCGACGGGAGUCGGUGAAGCUGCGCCUUAUCAAUGAGGAGUCAUUUGACGGGACGCCAACGCAGAGUCAAUUCUAA